AUGAUCUCUCUCUCUUUCUCUACCCGUUUCCUCUUUCCCUUCUUUCCUCUUCUCCCUCUCCCUCCCUUUUCCUCUUCUCCCUCUCCCUCCCUUUUCCUCUUCUCCCUCUCCCUCUUCUCCCCCCUCUCCCUCUUCUCCCUCCUUUUCCUCUUCUCCCUCCCUUUUCCUCUUCUCCCUCCUUUUCCUCUUCUCCUCCUUUUCCUCUUCUCCCUCCCUUUUCCUCUUCUCCCUCCCUUUUCCUCUUCUCCCUCCCUUUUCCUCUUCUCCCUCCCUUUUCCUCUUCUCCCUCCUUUUCUCUUCUCCCUCCCUUUUCCUCUUCUCCUCCUUUUCCUCUUCUCCCUCCCCUUUUCCUCUUCUCCCUCCUUUUCCUCUUCUCCCUCCUUUUCCUCUUCUCCCUCUUUUCCUCUUCUCCCUCCUUUUCCUCUUCUCCCUCUCCCUCCUUUUCCUCUUCUCCCUCUCCCUCCUUUUCCUCUUCUCCCUCCCUUUUCCUCUUCUCCUCUCCCUCCCUUUUCCUCUUCUCCCUCCCUUUCCUCUUCUCCCUCUCCUCCCUUUUCCUCUUCUCCCUCCCUUUUCCUCUUCUCCUCCUUUUCCUCUUCUCCCUCUCCCUCCCUUUUCCUCUUCUCCCCUCCCUUUUCCUCUUCUCCCUCUUUUAUCUCCCUCUCCCCCUCUUUCCCUCCCUCUCUUCCUCUCCCCACCUGCUUUCCCCCCUCCUAA